AUGGUCGUCACCCGCAGUCAAAGUGACUUGGCUGAGUUGGAAGAGCAACGGCGGGCCCUAGAACGAAGGGACGAAGAAUUGCUGGUGUCAGUUCGUCGCCGGGAAGCGGAACGAAUCGAACGGGAGCGCUUACGACGAGUGUCGCUUAACCCUCCGGCGUCGCCACAGGCGGAGAGUAUGACCGGACCUACGACGACCACGCACGUCGCGACGGCGGGACCAUCGUCUGAGCGACGACCUACCCGAUCGCCGCCGCGGUCAGUGAGGUCCACCACCAGUGCGACGACGCGGCUACGGCUAGCCGAAUUGGAGGCAGCAGAAAAGUUGGCGAACAUUCGCCGAAAGGAACUGGAACUCGAGGCAGACUUAGUGAAGAAGAGAUUGGCUGCCGAGGUAUCAGUGAUCCAAGAUGAUCAAGAAAGCAUUCACGAUCCAAUGCAGGAAGAAUGCCAGCAAUAUAGAGUGGGUCAGUGGCUACGCACCAACCCUCUUGAGUCACGGGGGGAGGGGGGCCGUGACACAGAAACUCGCGAGGAACGAAUGCAACAGCGUUCCGACGCGCCGCACCGAAGGUCACCUACGCCGACUAAGGCGAGGAAUAGUAUCGAGCAGCUAGCAGCGACACUUGAGAAGAUGGCUAGACCACGAAUACGCCAUACAGACCUUCCCACUUUCUCCGGUGCCGUCAGCGAGUGGCUGCCGUUCAAAGCAGCCUACUACGACACAACGAAAAUGUACUGUGUGUCGCCAUCAGAGAACCUGCAGCGGUUGAGAAGUUGCCUCAAGGGAGAGGCGAGAGAAGCUGUGGCAGCACUUCUGCACGCGGCCACCGAACCUGACACCAUAAUUAAAACAUUGGAGCAGUGCUUCGGCCGACCAGAAGUAAUAAUAGACAAGGCGCUGGAAGAAAUGAAGAAAAUGCCAAAGCCAAGUGCAUCGGCCAGCGAUCUAAAUAGCUUCGCUAUAAAAGUACAGAACACGAUCUGCGUACUUAAUACCAUAGACAGAAGAGGUUAUCUGUACAACCCUUUACUAACAAGGGAAAUACUCGAAAAGCUGAGUCCACAUCUGCGAUCACGGUGGUGCGACUUCGCCUGCGACAACGAAGGCGCAGCAGAGCCCGAGGUCGUGCUGUUGUCGCGAUUCUUGAUGCGCGAGGCGGACAGGGCGUUACGUUAUACUUACGCCCCGCCGACCAGUACCGCCCCUGCAACAGCAAGAAAGGAGACCAGGCCAGCCGUGACGUGGAAGAAGAAAACAAACGCGGUCUACAGUACGAGCGAAGAAGACUAUCAAUGCCCCUGCUGCAGACAGACUCACGUGCUGACUCAGUGCCCGAAGUACAAGGCGAUGAACGUUAAUCAACGCUGGGAAAUUGUAAAGCUACAUAAAAUUUGUUUCAAGUGCGCCCAACGCAAGCACAGGCGCAUCAAUUGCAAGGCAAGGUCGUGCGGUGUAGACCAGUGCCGCCGACCUCAUCAUGUUACCUUACACCAAGAGAGAGCAGAGUCACCCGAGGACAAGUCGGUGACUCAAAGAACACCCACGGAGCCUGCGGACAAGGAGGCGGUCAUGUCAGUGGCUACCCGAACAGCCACCGGCCCAAAGACCGUUAUGCUGAAGAUGUGUCCGGUAGUCAUCGCGGGUCCACGGGGGGAGGUGAAAACACUCGCGCUCUUCGACGAGGGAGCCACCGUUACUCUCAUCGAUGAGGACCUGGCCACGAGCAUCGGCGCUGAAGGUUCGAUGCUCCCAUUACGUAUCCAGGGGGUCAACAUGUCCUCGCAGGAGCAGAAAAGUCGAAUCGUCGAAGUACGAGUGAAGGGCGUAAGAAAGGACAGCGCGUCGCAUAAGCUUCAUGCGCGAACCAUGAAGAACCUGAAGCUUCACCGACAGUCGAUUCCCGACACCGUCCUAGAGUACGAACACCUGCGUGACCUCCCUAAGAACGAAGUAUGCUAUGAACUGACACGCCCAGGACUUCUAGUGGGGACAGACCACUCAGAGCUCUCGGGACACAAUGCACUCCCCAUUGUGUCCCGAGAGCUCCGAGUCGGCGGGCCGAAUCAACCAGCGGCAUCACGUACGCAACUCGGCUGGGUGAUACACGGGACGGCGCCGAGAAAAGCCAUCACCGUGAACCAAGACAAUGUGCUACACAUUGUUGAUUACGAUCAGCAGCUUCACGACUUGGUGGAAGCACAUUUUAAAAUAGAAGCGCUCGGCGUCAAAAAAGGACCACGCGUGCGCGAGACCGACCAACGAGCAACCGCUAUAGUCAAGAAAACUAUUAAGAAGAUCGACGGUGGCUACGAGGUCGGACUGCCGUGGAAAUACGAUGACGUCACCAUGCCACCGAGUUAUAACGCCGCGCUGCGCCGACUGAAGGCGAUUGAAAAGAAGAUGGACGCCGCGCCUGACUUCGCCGAGCAAUACAGCACGCAAAUAAAUAAUUUGCUAGAAAAAGGAUACGCAGUGCCAUGCGAUGGUACAGAAGUAAGAAGCGCCGUUUGCUGGUACCUACCUCACUUCGCUGUGAAGAAUCCGAAUAAGCCAGGCAAGCAACGGCUAGUGUUCGACGCUGCGGCGAGAAGCCACGGCGUGUGCUUGAACGAUAGGCUUCUGGAAGGCCCGGACUUGUUGCUGUCACUCCCGGGAAUAAUAUACAGGUUCCGGGAGAAGGCGAUAGCCGUCACCGCCGACAUACAGGAAAUGUUCCUGCGCAUUAAGAUCCGACCGGAAGACCAACCGGCGCAGCAAUUCCUGUGGCGAGGCGACAACAGAACAGAGCCUCCGCGCCGUUACAAGAUGACCAGCAUGAUUUUCGGCGCGGCCAGCUCACCAUAUAUGGCUCACUACGUGCGUGAUUAUAACGCAGACAUGCACAAGACUGAAUACCCACGUGCAUUGGAUGCCAUAAAAAGGAGCCAUUAUAUGGACGACUUAGUUAUCAGUUAUGACACCGCAGAGGAAGCAACGAAAGCGAUAGAAGAGAUACGUAAGGUACACGCAGUCGCCGGUUUCACUCUGCGAGGAUGGAGCGCCAGCGACGCGACAGUACUGACCGACGUACCACAAGAGCUGCGCGCCGCCACACCUACGCAGCUGGGAGGAGAAGGCACGACGAAUAAAAUACUCGGACUGUACUGGUGCGCCGCACGGGACGAGCUCGGCUUCAACACGGCCAUGAACCGAGUUCCGUCCGCCGUACGAGAUCGAAUACGUGCGCCGACCAAACGAGAAGCACUCAGCGCCGUGAUGUCGAUCUACGACCCUCUCGGACUGCUGAGCCACUACACCGUCCGAGCGAAGAUAGUCCUCCAGAGUUUGUGGCGCCUUCAAAUCACCUGGGACGAGCCGAUACCGGAGGGAGAGAACGAGCUCUUCGCAGCAUGGCUUGCUCAACUCGGAACUAUCGCACAAAUCCGACUGCCCAGGUGCUACGCCCCGAGAAAAUAUGAAGACCUAGAAUUACACGUUCUAUGUGACGCAAGCGAACAGGCUUACGCGACCGUCGCCUAUUGGCGACAUGAAAACUGUAACGGAACCGUGAGCGUCGUGUUAGUCGCCGCCAAGGCUAAAGUGGCACCGAAGAGGACGCAGACGAUUCCUAGGCUGGAGCUGCAAGCAGCAGUCAUCGGAGCUAGACUCGCCGAUACCAUUCGUAAGGAACACCGAAUAAGAAUAACCCGAACAGUGUAUUGGACAGACUCCUCUACAGUAGUACAUUGGAUUCAAAACGACGCGCGACGCUACACGCCAUUCGUCGCGCACCGGCUGGGUGAGAUCAGUGAGCUUACCGCUAAGGAGGAGUGGCGUUGGCUACCUACAGACCUCAACGUAGCCGACGACGCCACACGACUUACCAACGCGCCGAUCUGCGCGACCGACCGAUGGUUCAUGGGCCCCGGCUUUCUACACCUGCCAGAAGAGCAAUGGCCCCAGAAAGGACCAUGCGAUGAAGAACAGGACCAGGAGGUGUUACAUAUCACCGACGGUCCAACGACCGAGAGCUGGCUACCCGAUCCUGCCCGCUUCUCGAAAUACGAGACGUUAGUGAGGGCCACAGCGAGAGUGCUGGCGUUCACUGACAUCUGCCGACGGAGAGCGACGAAGUUGGAACACCGUCAUAUCCAACGCGCCGAGACCGAGCUAAUACGGCGAGCUCAAGAAGAUAGCUUCGGGGACGAGCUAAACAGAAUACGAUCGGCUCGACCGCUCGCCAGAGGAAGUCGCUUAUACAAGCUAGACCCCGUGCUUGAAGACGGAGUCAUGCGAGUGAGGGGCCGGAUUGAAGCCUCCCUCGCGCCGACAGAGACCAAGCGACCUGUCAUAUUGGACGGCCGCCAUCCGCUGACCAAGUUGUUGGUAGAGAAGGAGCACUGCGCUGCAGGCCACGCAAAUAGAGAGCGCGUGACGAACGACUUGCGUCAGCGCUACUGGAUAAUUCAUAUUAGACCCACAGUACGCGCCGUGGAGAGGAGCUGUGCGUUCUGCAGACGGCGUCGAGCUACGCCACGAACGCCAGCCACAGGAGACCUGCCACGCGCCCGCCUUGACCCUUUCCACCGCCCGUUCACCAACUGCGGAGUGGACUACUUCGGGCCCAUGAUGGUCAAGGUGGGGCGCCGCCGAGAGAAGAGAUGGGGUGCACUCUUCACGUGCCUUACCUGCCGCGCUGUACACCUCGAACUCGUCGCGUCGCUGUCCACCGACUCGGCCAUCAUGGCGCUGAGACGAAUGGCUGCGCGACGAGGCUGGCCUCGACUAAUGUACAGCGACAACGCAACCAACUUCCGUGGGGCCGACCAAGAGCUGCGCAUCGCCUACGCCGAGUGGGCGCCUGCCUUGCGAGACGAGGGACUGCUGCAUCGGAUGGAGUGGCGCUUCAUUCCUCCUGGUGCGCCCAACCAAGGCGGUGCUUGGGAGCGUAUGGUACGCUCUGUGAAAACCGCGCUGAGUGUGACGCUCCGCGAGAAGGCGCCGGCAGAGGAAGUGUUGCUGACCCUGCUGACCGAGGCCGAGUUUUCGAUCAACGCUCGACCUCUAACUCAUGUCAGCGUGAACCCAAGCGAUCCGGAAGCGCUGACACCGAACCACUUCCUGUUGGGCUCGUCGGGCGGACUGCCGACGACGGGACCCUGCAACGAAGCCGACCGAAGGACCUGGCGAGUCAGCCAGGCGCUCGCCGACCACUUUUGGAGGAGAUGGGUUCACGAGUAUCUUCCCACUCUGAUCCCACGCGGCGAGCCACGAAACAACGCACGACCCGUACAGACCGGCGACGUAGUCCUCAUCGUCGACAGCACGUUGCCACGUAACACGUGGCCGAUGGGAGUCGUCGAGCGUACGCACAGCGGACCGGACGGCAGCAUCAGAGUCGUCGAGGUGCGGACGAGGACCGGGACUUUCCGACGCCCCGUCGGGAAACUCGUCGUCCUGCUGAAGAAGGAAGAGGCUACGCAGGCUGCGCCGGGGGGAGAGCUGUUACGGACGCCGAGUUGA